AUGGCUGCCGAGAGCUCACGGUCGUCUCAGAGUCGGUCGUCUGCGCAGAAGAGGGAGCUUCUUUGUGGACAUGGUGAGAGACCCGUGCUAAAAAUUUCGGGAACGAAGAACAACCCUAGACGAGGAUUUUGGGGCUGUGUCUACUAUGAGAUCAAAGAAGAGUGUGAGUUCUUCCGAUGGGCAGACCCAGAAGCAGAGAGUGAGAAUCCGCAAGUUGCAAGGAUGAAGAGGAAAGUUGCGGCCCUGAAAACAAAAGUGAGGGAUAUUGAGUGGAAGUUCAAGGUUGCUGCAGUGUUGGGACGGUUGGAUGAGUUUGUUUAUUUUGCUUCUGGUCGCAGAUUUGGUUGA